GCUAUCGCCUAUCAGUAUAUAUAAACAGUAGCGUUUGUAUCACAGACGUGAAUUAAUUGUCGGUGGUGAAAAACAAAAACACUACAGUAGCACGAGGAAGAGAAAGGAUUAUAAGGCACACAUUGCUGCAAAAGUACUUUUUAAUAUGAUACAUCUAGGUUUUAUUGGCAAGAGGAAGUUGGCGUGGGUUUCUUAAGAUUAAGCAUUUAAAUACAGAAUAAAGGUGUAUGUACUUGGCUUGGGAGAGGGCAGGGGCAAAACGUAAUACGGUCAAAGAUUAUACUAGAUGCGCGCUUUUAAUAAAUAGGGCUAAAAUCAGUAAAACAUUAACAUUUCCCUGCUACGUAGGUCUACCAUACAAAAACCAAGACCUGGUUUGACGCUUAUCAAAAAAUGCCAAACACAAGGCCAUGCUGCUCUUUGUACCCCAAAUUUCGGCCGCAGUCCGUGCAAUUGUGCGCCUAUUCUUAAACAAAGCCAGAAGGCCAGGAAUCCACGAACUCUCGCCCUGUUGCAACGGGCAACGAAUAUUUUGUGGGCGGAGCAGGCCGUAACAACCAGCUUGGCUACGACGUUGUGUUCGGGUGUUCAAACUCGAGUUUCAUUAAUAUUUUAAUGAACAGUUUUGUACCAGUUAUGUGUCAUCGCUACUUACAAUCUACUUAGAAAAGUAGAUAAUAUUUUGAAACAAAAACUGAAACACUCGAUAGCUUAUUAACCAGCGGCUGCCAAUUUUCUAGACUAGUCCCCGAAAUGUAAUGAAAUCCAAGAAUAUUGCGACAUCGCGGAAGGCAAAAGAAGAAAGGUAGUGUUUUCUACAAGCACGAGUGAUGGACGGUCCGAGGCCCAGGUCACCAGUUAUGCAGGUUCACUGUUUCGUCUUAUUACCGGGAGCGAAGAGGGUACCGCAUCUUUCCUAACGCAUAGCGUUACCGGAACAACAAACGUGGAAGUAUGCAGACGGUUCCACCCUCCAUGUACCUGGACGUGUUUUGCCAGGAAGGUGAACACUGUGUUUAAAGUGGAGGUGGACAAAUCAACCAUGGCCAGGAAUAACCCAGAGGACAGUAAUUCUUGUGAGGACUCCCUUGACUCUGAAGACUACUUGUUUGUGGAAUCAAAACACUCAUGCAAAGUUCUUGAAGGUCUCAAUAGCCUAAGACUGAAUAAUGCAUUUUGUGAUGUAAUCCUGUGUUGUGGCGGGCAGGAGUUUCCUUGCCAUAGGAUAGUUUUGGCCUCUUUCAGCUCCUAUUUCAGAGCUAUGUUUUCUACAGACCUUGUUGAGUCCAAGCAAGAUCGAGUAGCUAUCAAUGGUGUUGAGUCACAGAUGAUAGGAAUGCUUGUGAACUUUGCUUAUACAGCCCAAGUGGUGAUCACAAAGGCCAAUGUCCAGGCUCUGCUGGCUGCUGCUAAUUUGUUAGACAUUAUGGCAGUGAGAGAAGCUUGCUGUAAAUUUAUGGAGAGACAGAUGGACGAAAUGAACUGUUUAGGGAUCCAUUGCUUUGCAGAGGCCCACUCUUGUGUUGAGCUGCAGGAGAAAAGCAUGCAGUACAUUUUGCAAAAUUUUACUGUGGUUUGUAACCAAGAAGAGUUCUUGUCUCUUUGUGUAGACAAACUAACUGAAAUUAUUUCCAGUGAUGAUUUGAAUGUACCAAAAGAAGAGACUGUUUUUGAAGCUGUAUUACUCUGGUUAGAAAGAGAAAAACAAAGGCAACAAAAUUUUGAGAAGGUGCUGGAGCAUGUUAGACUACCCUUAAUUAGCCCAUAUUACAUCCACGACACUAUAGAGUCUCACAGUGCAAUUAAGGAAUCCUUGGAGUGUCAUCGUCUCAUAUCUGAAGCUAAAGACUACCUCUUAUUGCAAGACAGACGAAGUGAGCUGUUUGGAUCGAGAACACGUCCUCGAAGGUCAACAGGUACAGCUGAAGUUAUAGUGACAGUUGGAGGAGAAGAUGACAAGGUUGUGCUACGCAGUGUAGAAAGCUUUGACCCAUUCACUGCCCAGUGGAAGUCUCUCGCCUGCCUUCCUUUUGCAGUUAGCAAGCAUGGUCUUGUUGUAUCAGGUUGUAUGAUUUAUCUAGCUGGAGGAGAGUUUCCAGAUGGCUCUGCUAGCAGGGAGAUGUGGCGAUAUGAUCCGUGUCUUGAUUCUUGGCAAGAAAUGGCUCCAAUGAAUGUUGCACGAUCAGAACUAGGACUUGCAGUGUUGGAUGGCUUUGUGUUUGCAGUAGGAGGAUGGGAAGGACAUUCACGACUGGAUUCCGUGGAGUGCUACAAUCCCCAAACCAACAGCUGGCAUUUUGUGGCCUCCAUGAAGAUGGCAGUAACAAGUCCAGCAGUGGCAGCACAUGAUAAGCUUCUGUAUGUAACAGGGGGAGCAGUGCUUGAAGAUGGUGACGGAAUGGACUUAGUGCAGGUAUAUAAUCCCAAAACUGACAUCUGGACAGAGGUUGCUCCUAUGCAGAUUGCACGUUCAGGAUCAGCUGCCUGCAUUUUGAAAGGAAAGAUUUAUGUCAUUGGUGGUUGGCAUGCAUCUACAGAAAACACAGACAAAGUGGAGUGUUAUAAUCCAAAGACUGAUACAUGGUCUAUGUGCUCGCCGUUGAAGGAGCGACGAUAUCGACCUGGUGUAGCUGUUGUAGAUGGAAAAAUAUUUGUGCUGGGAGGAGAAGAAGGAUGGGACCGUUACCACGAUACAAUUGAACGUUUCUGUGAAGAAACAAAUACCUGGGAGAUUAUUGGGGAGAUGCCUACUAGUCGGAGUUGGCUGAGUUGUGUCUCUUUGCAAAUGAGGAAGGACACAAGGCCAAGCCAGACGGGAAUGCCACAGGAACACGAGGAUAUUGUUGAGUAACAAACAUUGCUGUGUUCCUUCCAUAAUUGAAAACACUGUGUUUUGUACUCAAAUCGUUAUGCACUGAUUGGCCACAAAUAAGAGCUGUUAAUAAAAUGAACUGUAAGGUUGUAAAUUAUUUUUAUUUAUAAAGGAUAGACUUUGCAGUACAUUUUGUUAAAAUAUAUAAUUUCUUGUUGUAGUUUAUAGAAUUUUGUUUCAAAACUGUUAAGACUUUCAUCAACGUAUAUGCAGUAUGAAAAUAAUGAAUGUCCUUGUUAGAAUGUAGACAAGUUUUGGCUUCUGAUAAAGCAAAGCACAUGAACUCUUAUUAAAUUGUUUAAGCUUGUGGAUACACUAGCAUCACACUUGAGGGAAUGUCCACUGUGGUUGAUGGACACUGAUUUUUCUGCUGAAAUGUGUCCAAUACUGUGAUUACAUGGAACAUGUGCAACCUGAUAGAACAUUCAUUUUCUUGUAAUGCUGAGACUUAACUCCACUGAAAGUGACUGGCUGCUACUCAGAUUCUUUAACGCUCAUGUUGGUUUAACUACAGUAUGUCUUUACAUAUGCUGCUACUUUUUUUACUUAAUAAAAAAAAAAACAUGGUUACUAAAGUUUCACACCAA